AUGCGGAAACAUAACAUCAAUCACUACUCCACGUAUUCGGUGUUGAAAGCUUCGAUCGUCGAGCGAUUCAACCGAACGUUGAAGAAUAACAUGUGGAAGAUGUUUACGCUCAACGGAAAUUACAAGUGGGUCGACGCGCUACCGCGGCUCGUUGCGGAGUACAACACCCGAAAAUAUCGAACGAUCGGCAUGCGACCCGCCGACGUUACCCCCGCGGACGCUGAGAGACUCUUAAGUACGGUGUACAGCGCGAUAAAGAUAGCGGGUCCAGCCAGGUUCAAAGUAGGCGACUCGGUACGCGUCAGCAAGUACAAGACGGUCUUUGAAAAGGGCUACACACCAAAUUGGACCACCGAGGUGUUUAAGAUCGUCAAAGUGCAACAUACCAAUCCUGUGACCUAUAUACUCGAGGAUUAUCGUGGAAAAUCUAUUUCUGGAGCGUUCUACGAGCAUGAGUUGCAUCGUGCGAAGUAUCCGGACGUGUAUCUCGUGGAGAAAGUACUGCGCAGGAGAGGUGACAAGGUCUACGUGAGGUGGUUGGGAUUCGAUGGAUCGCACAAUUCAUGGAUACACAAGGCAAUGCUGUUUAAUACAUUUAUUUCUUUCUUCGCAAACAUAAGGAUAUAUAACAAUAUGAUGUAUACAAUCUAUGAAAAUAUAAGAAAAUACAAUGAAAUACAACUCUUUAUUAUCCUAUGA